UUUGACCAAUCAAAGCGAUUCGAAAACCAAAGUCCGCGGGCCAAACCGUGACUUAUCUCACCGCCGGCAGCAGCACGAUGAGCAACAAGCCCGACAAGUCGAUCAAGGGCUUCUUCGGCGGCCUCUUCAAGCGCAAGGAGUCGUCCGUAGCCGCGCCGCCGCCCAUGCCGGUGGCCGCGCCCAAGCCGGUCGUCGCGCCGGCCCACGUCGUCUCGACGGGGGCGUCGUCGGGUGUGUGCUUGUCGCCGCAAGACGACGACAACGACGCCGGUAGCCCGUGCCCGAGCAACGUGCUCGCAGAGUUCGAGUUUGUCAAGGAGCUCGGGAAGGGCGCGACGGCGGUCGUCAAGCUCUGUCGGCGCAAGGUCCACGAUAACCAGAAGGACGACCUCGUGGCCAUGAAGGAGUUCAAGACGUCGCUGCUAAAGAAAAUGAAGGAGUUCAAGCGCGAAGGCCGGCGCAUGAUUGUCUCGACGGCCUUUGACAAGGUGCAGAUCGAAAUUGCCAUCAUGAAGAAGCUGUCGCACGCCAACUUGGUCUCGCUCGAAGCCGUCCUCGAUGAUGGCGACGAGCAGCUCGUGCUCGUGCUCGAGUACGCUCCGUAUGGGCAGAUCAUGGUCUGGGACGCCGCCCAGCUCUCGUACGUACCGUCCAUCGACGCACAUAGCUUUAGUGCGCCGGCGCCAACGACCCCGGCCGUGCAGCUGGCCAAGAACGGGCUUCCUCUGCACAUUGCCCGCAAGUGUUUCCGCGAGCUCCUCAUUGGCCUCGAGUACCUCCACACCAACGACAUUUGCCACCGGGAUCUCAAGCCCGAAAACAUCCUUGUGGGCAACCAGGGCACGGUCAAGAUUGCGGACUUCGGUGUCGCCCACUUUUUUGAUGACAAGGCGCCGGCCGCGCAGCCCGUGGCGCACGGCUACUUGACCAACUCGGCCGGCACGUAUGCCUACAUGGCCCCCGAGUCGAUGGCGUCGGAGCCGUACAGCGCCUUUGUGGCCGAUAUUUGGGCGCUUGGUAUUACGCUGUAUGCGAUGCUCUUUGGCUCGCUCCCGUACUUUUCAGCCGAAGUCACGGAACUCUUUGAUAUGAUCCAAAACAACCCCAUCACACUCCCGAAUGCGGUGCAAGCGCACCUGGAGCUGACGUCGCUCCUCCUCGGUCUCCUCGAGAAGGACCCGGCGAAGCGACUCACGAUCACCGAGAUGAAGCGGCACCCGUGGGUCAACCGCGGCUACGAGAGCCAGCGCGAGGACUUUCAAAGCCAACAGAUCGAGACCGUUGAAGUGUCGGCCGACGACAUUCAGAAUGCGUUCACGCGCAUUCCGUCCAUGGCCGCGCUCACGCGCAUGAAGAUCUCGUCCAACAAGUGGGCCAACAACGCGCGCAAGGCCGUCAAGGAGAAGGAGCUCAUCAAGCAAGCGUCGUCGGCGAGCUCCAACAGUGGCGACACCAAGCCCGAGUCGACCAAGACUGCCUGAGGGAUCGUAGUUUUGCUGCAGAUCGCUUGGCGCUGCGGUAACGCUGUAUAACGGGAUACAUAUACUGUCGUAAAAGCGAGGGCGUAUGGGGCCCAGGCGAUGCAGACAAGCGC